GAUGGAGAAUUUGACCAUUUACCCAAACUGGGAAUCCCUCAUUUUGACAUGUUCACAAGACCUGGGAAGGAGGUUGAAAAGGGAGAUUUUUCUUUCGCUCUUGAGAAGCCAAAGAUGGAUGUGAAUGGAGCCUUGAUGCGAGCCAUGAAUGAGUUGAAUACUUACGAUGAAGAUGAUGAUGGUUUUCCCCUGGGAGUGACAUUGUACACCAUGAUGUACAAGGAUAAUCCCUUCUCAUCCCCUGAAGAGAUUGUUGAGCAGCAGCUGAGGUUUCCUUACAAGUUAACUGAACCCUUGGAGAAGCUCGUCAAGGGCAUGUUGGAGAAGGAUCCCAAGUUGCGUUGCACUUUGCAGCAGUGUCUAAAUGAUGGAGAAUUUGACCAUUUACCCAAACUGGGAAUCCCUCAUUUUGACAUGUUCACAAGACCUGGGAAGGAGGUUGAAAAGGGAGAUUUUUCUUUCGCUCUCGAGAAGCCAAAGAUGGAUGUGAAUGGAGCCUUGAUGCGAGCCAUGAAUGAGUUGAAUACCUACGAUGAAGAUGAUGAUGGUGUUGCAAAUCAAAUUUCAUUUUUCAAAAUGUUGCGCGCGGUUUCAAAGUUGGUUAGCCCGAUUCGCGGUAUGUGCAGUGCGGCGGGUGAAACGGCGUUGGGACCGACCAUUCGGAAAGUUGACGAGAUGCGGACGACACGCAGUGCGGAUUUUGGGCGGUACGUGGCGGCGUGUUUGCCCAAGUUUGUGCAGCGGGUGCAGUUGCAGUGUGCGGACGAGAUGGAGAUUUGCAUUCAUCCCAAUGGCGUCCUUCCAGUCUUGUACUUUCUCAAGGACCACCACAAUGGCCAGUUUGAAGUGAUCACGGACCUCUGUGGCAUGGAUGUACCUGGUCGCGUUUUUCGCUUCGAGGUGGUAUACAAUUUGAUGUCGUUGCGGUACAACACGAGAAUAAGGGUGAAGACCUACACGGACGAGUUGACACCACUGGACUCGGCUUGUCCCGUUUACGUAGGCGCCAACUGGUACGAACGAGAAGUUUACGAUUUGUUCGGCGUCUACUUCCAAGAUCACCCGGAUUUGCGGCGAAUCCUCACGGAUUACGGCUUUGAAGGACAUCCGUUCCGCAAGGAUUUUCCGCUUUCUGGCUACGUUGAGGUGCGUUAUGACGAUGAGCAGAAGCGUUGUGUAAUUGAACCGGUGGAAAUGGCUCAAGAGUUUCGCAAAUUCGACUUGGACGCAACUUGGGAAUCGUUUCCCAAAUUCCGCUCAUCUGUCAAGGGUGUGGAUCCUCCCAAAAAGGCAGACCCCAAAGAAUGAGUGAUGCUAAAAUUACCAUGAAUGUUUUUUGUGAUAAAAUUACCUCGUGAUCUGUGAUGAAGUUUGUGACUCGGA